GUCAAGGCUGAUUUAGACGAUGCCAGUCAGCGCUCUAGUUGAAGUAUCCAGUGAACAGAUUACAGACAAUCUGUUCAAGUUACUUGUACCAGUAUCGAACAAGUAGAUGCCUUAGAUGGGGGUAUCAAAUCUGUUGCCUGGAACAACUUAAAUCAUAGGUCGCUUCCGAUCAUACAUGUCAGCGGGUAUAAUUUCUUCCGAGAUUGUAUUGUGGGUAGAUUUUACAAUCUCAUAUAUAUAGAGCCUAGACCUUGGUGGUAAAGUCAGUGUGUUUUCGAACAACAAUCAAAGUGUUUACAACCGAUACUUCGUACUGAAAGUAUUUUUUCAUACAAAACACAAUGACCAGCCAAAAAAUGUCAACCAUGAACCAGAUCAGCAACGACUUGAUAGCGGAAUGCAAGGCAAUAAUAGAUGAUCAUAGUUUCCUGUCCCGCGAUCUAACGGAUCGAAUUGGGAGCCUGCCACUUGGUAUCCGUAAGACAGUGGUGGAUAGACAACCGGAGGGGGAAUGUUCACCUCUCUUCAUCGCCUGCAACCAAGGGAACAUCCGUAUCAUCGAAUAUUUGAUAACAGUGUGCGCUGCCAGCAGCGAUCAAACGAGUUACCACGUGAGUGAGGACGGACUGAUGGGCAAUAUAACCCCCUUGGGUAAUGCUUGUGCAUCCGGAAAUAUCCUAGUCGUUCAACGUCUUUUGAGGUUGGGUUGUGAUGUUGAAGGGCCCUUCGAGGAUGGAUUAACUCCGCUACAAAUAGCUUGCCGUUGGAGUAACCUGACAGUAGUCCAGGAGUUGAUUGAAAAUGGAGCUGACUUACGGAAACAGAGCUACGAUGGUACAACAUGUCUAAUGAAUGCGGCCCAGUCGAUGCCAUUAAUGAGUUAUCUGCUCAACAAUGGAGCAGAUGUCAAUGUAUGUAAUAUUUACAACAGAACCGCUCUUCAUUGCAGUAUCGAAAGACGGAGCUUCGAAUCAACUUGUCUACUGUUGGAACAUGGAGCCGAUCCAUUCGUUCAAAACUCCGACGGAGAUGAUGCUCUUCAGACUGCGUGCAUCUAUGGAGAAAUUGAAACUGCAGAUUUCCUCAUGCAACACUUCGAAUACUCAGCCGAAAGGCAGGCUGAUGCAUACGAACUCAUCGGUUCCUCACUCAUUGAUAGAUUUUCCGACAGACAAUUGACCUUAAAGUAUUGGCAGAAAGCUCAUCACAUUCGAUCGAAUGGGACUAGCUACCUUCAGAAGAGACCACAACCUCCAUCCAGAUUUGCAUUCCGAGACGCAUUUGAGUUUACUACAAGCGAAGAACUGGAUGAAAUUGCCGCGGAUGAUGACGCUUUACGGAUGCAAAGUAUGCUGAUUUGUGAUAGGAUUUUAGGAAUAGAGCACGAUGAAACUUUGCGACGACUGAUGCGAUGGGGUUUCGAGUACGAGUGUAACUCGAACUCUGAGAAGUGUAUUGAUCUUUGGAUAUUGGCGCUGAAGGGUCGAAUUGAUAAGUAUUCAAUUUUGCUUUGCGAAACCAAUGAAACGGCCCAAACCAUCGUAAGGCUGAUGACGAAAAUAUUGGAAGAACGGGAUGAUGAUGCUGAUAUUGAUGAUCUGACACUAUUCGAGGGUGCAUUAACAGUAUUCAAAAUGUUGGCAUCAAAUGUCAUUGAGACAAGCUAUCUGUUGGAUGUUCAACCGGUUCAUUUGCUGCAGCAGCAAAAUUAUGAUCAGACCAUUCAAUGCCUAACGCAUCUCAUGCAUGUCCUACUCAGCACUUCCUUCUGCGAAGAUGACGAUGAAUUGAUUGAAAACGAAGUUCGGGAGUUGAUUCAGAUAAGAUGUUCGAUAAACAAAGAUACGCUGCUGCAUCUUGCCGUUAGCAGUUCGAAUGUGUUAACGAGAGGAUAUUUGAGGGGAGACAACAGUGCGCCGUCGAUAUUCCCCAGUUUAGAGGUGACGGAGCUGCUGAUAGGAUGUGGAGCAGAUGUCAAUGCAUACAAUGAAACGAAUUGCACACCCCUUCUCAUCGCUUCAAUGGAUUCCAACAGUGACAGGGAGGUCGUUGAAACUUUGCUCGAUCAUGGUGCCCGCUACAACGCGAUCGAGUAUUUUUUAUCUGUUUAUAUUUGAGUUCAUGUUAGUGGGUACCGAU